UAAUGCUUAAAUACACUUGGUUAACAGCACUACCUGUUGAGGUAUUCAUGACAUUUUUAUUCUGUUUAUUGUUGGUUUAGUCUUCUUUAAGUAGGAUAUUAUUUUAGAUUUUGUAGUUACUGGUGCCAGAUUACAGAUUUGUAGUAAAGGAGGUAUUCCUAAACUGCCAAAAUGGACAACGUUGCUGAAUGUUUGGUACUUUUUUGAUUGUGGAAUAAUAUUUUGGUCUACUCUGUUGAGAAUGGAAUUGCCCUGUUUCUAAUUUGCAUUGGGUUACACCAUUUUUUUUUAAUAACUCUGAAUUGAUUAGUAAUAGUUUCAUAGCAGAAUAUGUGAAUGGAAGGUUGAUGUAUGGUAUUGAGGAUUUAAUCUGAUUUCUGCAACUGUGGCACGAUCUUAAAGGUAUUAGAGGGGUUUUUCCUAUAUAAUUGGAUGAGAAAUUCUAAUUUUUCUUGAUAGGGGAAAAAUAAUCAUUUUUUUGAAACCAGUAUUGGCAAAUUAUAUAUCUAAUGAGCAUAUAAGUUUGAGAGAUGGGUUUUUUAGUUUAUUUUCAUGUUUAUGUUUGUACUUUGAUAUAAAAUAAAUACUAAUUGCUGUUAUUGUGAACUAGUGUGAGGGAUAAAUGAAAGUUUUAAUUUGGACAUGCUCACACUUGUGGUUUGCUAUAUGUUGGGAGUACUUUAUCAUGGUUUUGUCCCCAAGGUUUCUUUAAUGCAGGACUGUUAACUGUAGCUAUAUGUUGCUUGCAUUGAUUCUUGCCUCCAUUUAUUCUUUAUUGCAGUCUAAAAGUUGGUUUUAAUUGGUUGCCCACAGGAUUGACUUGACUUCUACUACUUGUUUAAGGAAAAAAGCCCAUCUCUCCUUGCAGGUGUGUGUAUUUCAGCGCAGCAUGGCUGUGGUCAUCCGCUUACAAGGUCUCCCAAUUGUGGCGGGGACUAUGGACAUUCGUCACUUCUUCUCUGGAUUGACCAUUCCUGAUGGGGGCGUGCAUAUUGUAGGGGGUGAGAUGGGUGAGGCUUUCAUCGUCUUUGCCACUGAUGAAGAUGCAAGGCUUGGUAUGAUGCGCACAGGUGGUACCAUUAAAGGGUCCAAAGUCACCCUGUUGCUGAGCAGUAAAACUGAAAUGCAAAACAUGAUUGAACUCAGUCGUAGGCGUUUUGAAACAGCAAAUCUAGAUAUACCGCCAGCAAAUGCUAGCAGAUCUGUUCCACCACCUAGUUCUGGAAUAAGCAGUAGAGUGACUCUUUCUACUACAGUAUCUAAUUUUAACAGCCCUUCUCCUAGUGUUGUAACUGCAGCUACUUCAGUUCACGAAAGCAACAAAAACAUACCAACAUUUUCCACUGCUAGUAUGGGAACUGCACCUCCCAAUUUGGGUGUUACUUUUGGAAGCCCCACUUUUAGCUCUACUAUAUCUAGUACUGCAUCGCCAAUGAACACAGUUCCACCUCCACCAAUACCUCCUAUUCCAGCUUUACCAUCAUUGCCCCCAAUGCCUUCUAUUCCUCCCAUACCUGUUCCUCCUCCUGUUCCUACAUUGCCUCCUGUGCCUCCUGUCCCCCCAAUACCUCCUGUGCCUCCUGUCCCACCUAUAACAUCUCUGCCUCCUUUAUCAGGAAUGCCUCCUAUGAAUCCCCCACCUGUUGCUCCUUUGCCUGCUGGAAUGAAUGGGUCUGGAACAGCAAUGAAUUUAAACAGUAACUUGAAUCCAAUGUUCAUGAAUCCUAUAAAUGCUAUUCAGAUCAAUUCUCAAAGUAGUGUGAAACCUCUUCCUAUCAAUCCAGACGAUUUGUAUGUCAGUGUUCAUGGAAUGCCAUUUUCAGCAACAGAGUCUGAUGUCAAAGAUUUUUUCCAUGGACUCCGUGUGGAUGCAGUACAUAUUCUGAAAGAUCAUGUGGGGCGCAAUAAUGGAAAUGGACUAGUUAAGUUUUGCUCUCCUCAAGAUACUUUUGAAGCCUUGAAAAGAAACAGGAUGCUGAUGAUUCAGCGUUAUGUCGAAGUUAGUCCGGCAACAGAGAGACAGUGGGUUUCUGCAGGAGGUCAUAUCACAUUCAAGCAAACUAUGGGUCCUUCUGGACAAAACCUUCCUCCUCAAAAUCUCUCUAUGUCCAAAUCUCCUAAUGGACAGAAAAGAUCAAGAUCCAGGUCUCCACAUGAUCAGGGUUUCUGCGUUUAUUUGAAAGGUCUUCCCUUUGAAUCUGAGAACAAACAUGUAAUUGAUUUCUUUAAAAAACUAGAUAUUGUGGAAGACAGUAUUUACAUAGCUUAUGGACCCAAUGGGAAAGCACUUGGUGAAGGUUUUGUUGAAUUCAGAAAUGAAACUGACUAUAAAGCAGCUUUGUGUCAUCAUAAGCAAUACAUAGGAAAUCGUUUCAUUCAAGUUCAUCCCAUAACUAAAAAAGCUAUGUUAGAAAAAAUAGAUAUGAUACGGAAAAGACUACAGAAUUUCAACUAUGAUCAGAGAGAAAUUAUGAUAAAUGCAGAAGGAGAGACCAGCCCAUCUAAACUCUGUGCACACAUAUCUAAUAUCCCCUACAAUAUUACCAAAAUGGAAAUUCUUCAAUUUCUUGAGGGGCUGGCAAUAGAGGAGAGUUCCAUACAGAUACUUGUUGAUACUAAUGGACAAGGAUUAGGACAAGCGCUGGUCCAAUUCAAAACUGAAGAAGAUGCUCGUAAGUCAGAGCGCCUACAUCGAAAGAAACUGAAUGGGAGAGAUGUUGUGUUGAGAGUGAUUUCUCUUGAAGAAAUGAGAGAAAUUGAGAGAAAUCCUCCUUCUCAGGGGAAAAAAUUGUUGAAAAUGCCAUUACAAGGGGGUGCAGCAAUGCCAGGAGUACAGAAUGCUGGUGGGGAUGAGCAUUCUUUCUUAAGUGGUAGUUCAAAAGAUGCAAAGAGUGGUCCUCCUUUUCAUUUUCCUGGCAAUUUCAGUGGUUCUAAUGUAUUUGGUCCUCCUCUUCCACCACCAGGAAUAGGAGGAGGUGGUUUUGGUGACUCCAGGCCAGGAAUGCCUGCUAUUGGAAACAGUGGCUUGCCUGUUCUGCCUGGUGCAGGUAUUGAUGUCCCAGGUUUUGGAGGUGGGCCUAGUAAUUUAACAGGCCCCUCUGGUUUUGGAGGAGGUCCUCAGAAUUUUGGGAAUGGUCCUGGUAAUUUAACUGGUCCUCCUAAUUUUGGUAGUGGACCCCCAGGUCUUAAUACUGGGCUUGGACAUAUGAGUGGACCUCCAGGGUUUGGACCUGGACCUGGACCUGGAAAUAUGCAUAUGACUGGGCCACCUGGGUUUGGAGCUGGGUCUGGUAAACCGGGGCCUACUGUCAUUAAAGUUCAAAAUAUGCCCUUUACUGUAUCAGUGGAUGAAAUUUUGGAUUUUUUCUAUGGUUAUCAAGUAAUUCCAGGUUCAGUGUGUUUAAAGUACAGUGAGAAAGGCAUGCCUACAGGUGAAGCAAUGGUUGCAUUUGAAUCUCGUGAUGAAGCAAUGGCAGCUGUUGUUGAUCUGAAUGACAGACCAAUAGGCUCACGAAAGGUCAAGCUUAUGGCUCAGUGCGUGAUCAAGGUUGAACUGUCCAUAUCCUGUGACAAUCUGAUUGAUAAAGAUGUUGGCUCAAAAUCUGAUCCUCUGUGUGUCUUGCUUCAAAAUGUUGGUGGCGAUCAAUGGACUGAAUUGGAUCGAACUGAAAAAAUAAAGAAUUGCCAGAAUCCUCAAUUUUCAAAAAAGCUGCUAAUUGAUUAUUAUUUUGAGAAAGUUCAGAAGCUGAAAUUUGGAAUAUAUGAUAUUGAUAAUAAGUCAUAUGACUUAAGUGAUGAUGAUUACCUUGGAGGAGCUGAAUGUACCCUGGGUCAGAUUGUAUCAAGUAAAAUACUUGUUCAGCCUUUAAUGUUGAAGAAAGGAAAGCCUGCAGGAAAAGGCAUUGUUACGAUUUGUGCAGAAGAGAUUAAAGAUACCAGAGUUGUUUCUAUUGAUGUUGAAGCUCGGAAUUUAGACAAAAAGGACUUUUUAGGCAAAUCGGACCCAUUUUUGGAAUUCUAUAAACAGAGUGAUAGCGGAAAAUGGCAGCUUGUAUACCGAUCAGAGGUAAUUAAGAACAAUUUAAAUCCUUGCUGGAAAAAGUUCAGCGUACCUUUGCAAACAUUUUGUAGUGGUGACUUCAACAGACAAAUCAAGGUGCACUGUUAUGAUUAUGAUAGUGAUGGGUCACAUGAUUUAAUAGGCAGUUUUGAAAGUACCCUGUCCCAGAUACAGAAGGCAGGUGACAGUUCUCCGGUUGAAUUUGAAUGUAUUCACCCUGAAAAGAAAAGAAAGAAGAAGAGUUACAAAAACUCUGGCAUUAUUAGAUUGAAAUCCUGUAAGAUUGAAACAGAAUAUUCAUUCCUGGAUUAUAUCAUGGGUGGUUGCCAAAUUAACUUCACUGUGGGGAUAGAUUUUACUGGUUCCAAUGGUGAUCCAAAGUCACCAGAUUCUCUUCACUAUAUUAGUCCAAAUGGAAUAAAUGAAUAUCUCACUGCUAUCUGGUCUGUGGGUGGUGUUGUCCAGGAUUAUGACACUGAUAAGCUAUUUCCUGCCUUUGGAUUUGGAGCUCAAGUUCCUCCAGAUUGGCAGGUUUCCCAUGAAUUUGCAUUGAACUUUAAUCCUGCAAAUCCUUAUUGUCAAGGAAUCCAAGGAAUUAUAGAUGCCUAUCGACAGGCUUUGCCUCAGAUUCGUCUUUAUGGUCCAACAAACUUCUCUCCAAUUAUAAAUCAUGUUGCUAGAUUUGCUGCUCAUGCAAUGCAAGAAAAAACUGCUUCUCAAUACUAUGUUUUACUGAUAAUCACAGAUGGGGAAAUAACUGAUCUGGACCAAACUAGGCAAGCCAUCGUAAAUGCCUCCAAGCUGCCCAUGUCUAUCAUUAUUAUUGGUGUUGGCAGUGCUGAGUUCAAAGCCAUGGAAGUUUUGGAUGGGGAUGAUGGUGUCUUGAAGUCAUUGGCAGGGGAACCAGUUGCACGAGAUAUUGUCCAGUUUGUGCCUUUUAGACAGUUCCAAAAUGCUCCUCGGGAGGCACUUUCCCAGGCAGUAUUGGCUGAAAUCCCUAAACAACUAGUCUCCUACUUCAAGAAAGCUGGCCUGACACCUGUAAAAUUGCCUUCGGAAAAGCAAUCAUAAAGCAAAGAAUAUUUUUAUUGCUUAAAUGUGCAGUAAAGAAAAUAAUGCUGCAGACAAAAGUUUUUUUAAUGAAAGCAUUUGUCUUCUGGCAUUUGGUAACACUGCACUCAAAAACAUAUCUGUGGUUCUGCAUAUAUUGGUCAUAUUAUAUGCAGAAAAUUUAUAGGAACUGCAUACACAUAGGAAAUAUAUAGGAACUCUGAUGAUGAUUAUUAAGGAUCUAGUAGCUAUCUCAAAUCAUAGGAUUGGCUUUAUCAGUUUGUAUUCUGAAUAUCUGCACACACUUUGUAUAGCAUGAAAUUAAAUUGAAGAAACGGGUUUGGAACAAGAUUAAAGCAUUACAUUAUAUUUUUUCUGUUAAAAUUAUAUAACCUGAAUAGGUCUUAGCAGUGGUUUUAGAAAAGAUGACGUUGUUGUAACCUCAAUACUAUAUUAUUUUUAGCACAAGCCUAAAUUUUAUGCAAUAUAAUCAGAUUACAAGAAGUCCAGAUAUGUUACAUAUAUUGGAAAUUCCCUAAAAAAGAUUUAUCUAUGCAUGAACAUCUAGCUUCUGUGAAUCCUUUCAGUGGUAUAGAAAUAUAUGUGUGUAUAUAAUACACAAUAUAUAUUAUAUAUUAUAAUAUAUAAUGAUAAAUGAUAUAUUGUAUAUAUCUAUAUACAUCAUUUAUUAUAUAUUCCUGGACAAUUUCUUGUCUGUAGAAAGACAAAUCUUCUUGCACUGUUAUAGCAUUGCCUCCUUAAUUGUUGUGGGUCUUUAUGAAAUGACAAAUAUUAAAACUAUUUUCUUUAUAAAGAAAUUUUAUACAUUACCAAAGCUGAAUACAAAUCAACGUUUCAUGUUUUAAAUAAUGCUGUUUACAUUCAGCUUUGUUCUUAAGGGCAUUUUGGUUCUUAUAUUUCAAAUUAUCUUUACAGUAUAUUUCAUUUAUGUAUUUGACUGAUGCUCACUGGAAAAAAAAAAUGAGUGUAAUUUUCAAGAAUUGCUAUGCCGCUGAUCCAUAAGAUGCAGGACCCUUGGAUGCUUUCAGUUACAGCAAUACUAGUUUAGACUAAAUACUUUGUUAUAGUUUUGGAAAAUUCAUUUCAUAUUUUCUAUAAUUUUGGAGUAGUAAAGCUUUUUAUAAGAAAGUCCAAAUCUUAUUGAUCUAAAGGAAAAUGUGUUUGAAUAAAUUUAAUGAUCAGUAAUAUCAAAUAUUAUUUACAAAUCCAAAUAUUAGGAAAUUAAAUCUGUGUUUGGAUAGUGAAAUAGCUUACCUAAUGCUGAAUUUGCAUUUUUAUCCAAAUAGAGCUGCUUGGUUAAUGAAUACAUCAAGCAAAGUUACUUUAAAGACAGUAAAGUAAAUGAUUUACAACCAUUCGUUUAGCCACCAUUCAAAAGUAUAACAGCAGUGAAAAAGUGACUUAUGCCUGACCCUUGC